GCAAGAAUCCCAAAGGGGCGGGCGGCAUUUUCAACAACCAGGGAAAACCUGCUGAAAGCUGAACCGAAAACCACCGUUUUGAAGCUCUUGAGUGGCUCAAGAGGAGGGUACAUAUGCCAAGGACAAGCCGACGAGAUCGACGGAGGACGAGUGUUUGUUAAAAGCCACAAUAAGCCCCAGGCUAGGACUAUGUUUGAAGGUGAAGUGGCAAGUUUAAGAGAAAUUCAGAAAACCAACACUGUACGGGUUCCUCAGCCAAUUAAAGUGAUGGAUCUUCCUGGAGGUGGAACUGCAUUUGCUAUGGAGUACAUAAAAAUGAAAAGCCUCAACAAAUAUUCAGCAAAACUUGGAGAACAAAUGGCAGAUCUUCACCUUUACAAUAAAGAAAAUGGAGAAAAGUUAAGGAAAAAAGAACAAACAAUUGGAGUAGGUCAGACAGAACCUAAUUAUGUGGAUAAAUUUGGAUUUCAUCAAAUCACCUGCUAUGGCAAUAUAACUCAGGUAAGUUUUUUGAACAAAAUAUAUGAUGUAAGAUGUUAAGAGUGUUAGUUGUAAAGCUAGCAUCUCCUUCUAGAUCAGGGGUGUCAAACUCGAGUCAUCCCAAGUCCUUCACUAA